AUGGAGAGUUGUGAGAGCACACCUCCCCUUCCAAAAGAGCCAGCCAGCGCCGACAUGAACGUGGAGUGCCCUUCUUGUCCCCCACCACUGCCGCCCAACGAACAGCCUCCACCACCUCCCCUGCAAACGUCCAGUGACGCAGAGGUAAUGGACGUUAGCUCCGGUGGUGAUGGACAGUCAGAUAGCCCUGCUGGGGACGCCCACGCUGUCAACCGGAGCCCGCUCCUCACCAAGGGAUCUUCGUGCUACCAAAGUCGUCUUAUCAUAGAUCCUCAUAGCGACCAAAGCCCAAGGACCGCUCGCCACGCGCCCUCAGUUAGGAAAUUCACUCCCGAUCUUAAGUUGCUUAAAGACGUAAAGGUUAGCGUUAAUUUUACAGAGAGCUGCAGAAGUAAAGACAGGAGAGUGCUGUACACUGGAGCCGAGCCAGAUUAUGAGGCGGAGGCGGUUUUAGGGGCGCACGGUGUCAAUGGGGACGUGCAUGCUUGUCCUCUCGGUGGGGGUAGUGGCGGCCCCACGGCUCAGGUAGCCGGUGACAACGAGGACACCAAGGAUGAGGACAACGAGGUAGAUCAGGAAAAGCGAGUGGAAUAUGCAGUGUUGGAUGAUUUAGAAGAUUUUACAGACAAUUUGAUGGAAAUAGAUGAAGCAGCAGGGUUUACACCUAAGGCCAUCGUUCAGCAAGACAAAGUGGACGAAGAAACCUUGAACUAUUCUUACGAGGAUGAAUUUGAUAAUGACGUGGACGCUCUCCUGGAAGAGGGCCUUUGCGUUCCCAAAAAAAGGAGGAUGGAUGAGAAAUACAGAGGGGAAAGCGACCAUCAGUCGGACGGAGAAACAACUGUGCAGCCCAUGAUGACCAAAAUCAAAACUGUUCUUAAAAGUCGUGGUCGCCCUCCUACAGAACCGUUGCCUGAUGGAUGGAUCAUGACAUUCCACAACUCGGGCAUCCCAGUGUACCUGCACAGAGAAUCUCGGGUGGUCACCUGGUCCAGACCUUAUUUCUUGGGAACAGGAAGCAUACGGAAGAUCUUUGUGGUCCUUUCCAGCUCUGUUACUCUAUUAAUUUUUUUCUUGUUUAACUGCAGCUCUGAUGAAAGGGACAUAAGUACGAAUCUCUCUUUGAUCUUUCCAUCCGCAGUUGGUCCUUGACUUAACGACCGCAUUACGAUCCUAAGCCCUGGUGUCCGUCAAUCGGGUCACUCGCCGAUUGACCCGAUUGACCCAGUUGCCGUCUCGCUUGGGAAGGAGCAGGGCGCGAUUACGGUUGCUUUGUUUUCAGAUAUCGAGGAUUUCCGACACUACCUGGAGAAAUGUUUUGAUUUCGAGCAAGUCACGGUGAAGAAAUUCCGAACGUGGGCGGAGCGACGGCAGUUCAACCGGGAGAUGAAGAGGAAGCAAGCAGAGUCUGAAAGGCCCAUUUUGCCAGCCAAUCAGAAGCUGAUCACGUUGUCUGUCCAAGACGCGCCCACCAAGAAAGAGUUUGUUAUUAAUCCCAAUGGGAAGUCUGAAGUUUGUAUCCUUCAUGAAUAUAUGCAACGCGUCUUGAAAGUACGACCUGUUUACAAUUUCUUUGAAUGUGAGAACCCAAGUGAGCCUUUUGGAGCAUCCGUUAUUAUUGAUGGAGUGACUUACGGAGCAGGGACUGCCAGUAGCAAAAAACUUGCCAAGAAUAAAGCUGCCCGAGCUACUCUGGAAAUCCUCAUCCCUGAUUUUGUUAAGCAGACAUCUGAGGAGAAGCCCAAAGAUAGUGAGGAGUUAGAGUAUUUUAACCAUAUCAGUAUUGAGGACUCGCGGGUAUACGAACUGACCAGUAAAGCUGGGCUCCUGUCUCCAUAUCAGAUCCUUCAUGAGUGCCUUAAAAGAAACCACGGCAUGGGUGAUACAUCUAUAAAAUUUGAAGUGAUUCCUGGCAAGAAUCAGAAGAGCGAAUACGUUAUGACCUGUGGGAAACACACUGUGCGGGGCUGGUGUAAAAACAAAAGAGUUGGAAAACAAUUGGCUUCCCAGAAAAUCCUUCAGCUGCUUCACCCGCAUGUGAAAAACUGGGGUUCUUUAUUGCGCAUGUAUGGCAGAGAGAGCAGUAAGAUGGUUAAGCAGGAAACCUCUGACAAAAGUGUGGUAGAGCUUCAGCAGUAUGCCAAAAAGAACAAGCCAAAUCUGCACAUUCUGAACAAGUUACAAGAGGAGAUGAAAAAGUUAGCACAAGAAAGGGAGGAAACACGAAAGAAACCCAAGAUGACCAUUGUAGAGUCUGCUCAGCCUGGCAGCGAGCCCCUCUGUACUGUUGAUGUGUAAGGGGAAAGAUUAGGAAUUGGAGCAAUAAAACAAGUGGCGAAAGCUA